AUGACAGAAUUUAACAUCCUCACGCCCAAUGCCAUGCUUGGCUAUGGCUAUCGCUUGGACCAUUUUUGGUACGGUAUCAAGAAAUUCAAGCCAAAGGCCAUUAUUGUAGAUAGUGGCUCGACAGAUGGUGGACCGUACAAGCUUGGUCUUAAUAAGAUGACUUGUGGGCGCGACUCUUAUAUCAGGGAUUUAACACCGAUACUGGAAGCUUGUUUUCAUCAUGGUAUCAAGGUAUUGAUAGGCUCUGUUGGUGGGGACGGCAGUGACAAGCAUGUUCAAGAGAUGUUGGAAAUUGUACAAGAGAUAUCCAAAAAUACUGGUUUCUCCUUCAAAAUUGCUACUAUCUCCGCCGGUAUCGAUCGAAAUCUGGUGAAGCGCCGUAUCGAAACAAAGAGAGUUGGUCCUUGUGGGCCAGUUAAGGAUUUGACCGUCGGAGAUGUUGAUCGGGCAAUUGACAUUGUUGCUCAAAUGGGAGCAGAACCAUACCUUCAGGCUCUAUCAUCUAACCCGGAUAUUAUUCUGGGUGGUCGCUCAUAUGACCCUGCUCCAUUCGCAGCUUUCUCGAUGCAUCAUGGCUGCGAGCCAGGUGUUGCAUGGCACAUGGGAAAGAUCAUGGAAUGUGGCGGUAUCUGCGCUGUUCCUAAGGGCCGGUCCAUGAUCGCAACCAUGCGAACCAAUUCAUUCGACCUCACUCCACUUUCUCCACGAGAGCGCUGCACUCCUCUAUCUGUUGCCGCCCAUACUCUAUACGAAAAGACCCGACCGGAUAAGCUCCCAGGACCCGGUGGCGUACUCGAGCUAGAUGGAGCUACCUACGAGCAACUAACUGAAAAGACUGUCCGCGUUACUGGUGCCAGAUUUGUGCCCACGCCAGUCUAUCAAGUAAAGCUUGAAGGUGUUGAAAAGCUCGGCUACCGAACCAUCUUCAUUGGUGGUAUUCGUGAUCCAAUCUUAAUCGGCCAAAUCGACGAGUUUCUCUCCGACGUUCGCGCAUACACACAGAAUCUUUUCCCCGAGCUAGAUCAGUCACCUCAGUGUCAACUGAUAUUCCAUUUCUACGGUCGUAAUGGAACCAUGGGGCCUUUGGAGCCGUCACCCACUGCAUCGCAUGAAUUGGGUAUUAUGGGUGAGGUCGUUGCCCCGACUCAGGAUCUCUCUUACACCAUUGCCAACAAUUGCAGAGCAUCUAUCUUACACAUGCCAUAUAAGAACCAAGUCGCCACUACCGGCAACUUUGCCUCACCACUUUCACCGCAUGAGAUUCCGGCUGGACCAGUUUUUCGAUUCAAUCUUUAUCAUUUGAUGGACUUGGAAUACAGCGAGAAUAUCGAACUUUUUCCAAUCUCAAACGUGGUUAUCGAAAAUGACGCCCAAAACCUACCCGUUCCCGGAAUCACCGAGGAGCAAUUAGUACAACUGGAAUCAGAAAACUUGGAGCCUUUGUCAUUCAAGUCUUUUCCCUCGGAAGAAUGCACCAUGCUUGAGAUUGCCAAGAUCAUUCGCUCUAAGAACUCGGGUCCUUUCGAGUUGACCCUUGAUAUCAUGUUCGACACUAAAGAGGCCUACGAACGAGUAAAAAAUACGAAUGUUCUUACAAAUGAGCGUAUGAUGGAACUUUACCAUCUCAAAUCAGAUGAUAUUAUCACAAACAUGUUUUUUGAGCCAGCUUUGGCGUGGAAGUGUACCUUGAAGCGCCCUUGGGAGCAGGGCACAGUGGGCGAGAGGGAUACAUUAGGGACGCAGCAACACGCACCACUCCUCUAUAUCAAGGUCUCGGCGGCGAACUGA